ACUUUGAAGGUGAGUAUGGUUAACUUUAGAUCCAUUUUCUAUGUCCUGUUGUUUGCAGUGUGUGGCAUCACUCCCAUGAACACCAGGAUAGUUGGAGGUGAAGAUGCUCCACCUGGAAGUUGGCCCUGGCAGGUCAGUCUGCAGAGGUUUGGCGGCCAUGUUUGUGGCGGUUCCCUCAUCAACAGAGAGUGGGUGGUGUCUGCUGCUCACUGCUUCUCCAGUACAAGUACGUCUGGAUGGCAGGUUUCCCUGGGCCGUCAGAACCUGCAGGGCACAAACCCAAAUGAAGUGUCCAGAACUGUUGCCAGAAUCAUUUUACACCCAAACUAUGACAGCGACAGCAGCGACAACGACAUUGCUCUGCUCAGACUCUCCUCACCAGUCAUGUUCACAGACUACAUCAGACCUGUGUGUCUGGCAGCCAGUGACAGUGUGUUCAACAACGGUACUGACAGCUGGGUCACUGGCUGGGGCGCAGUCAACGAGGGAGUGUCUUUACCGUUCCCUCAAACUCUACAAGAGGUGGAGGUGCCAGUUCUGGGAAACAGACAGUGUAACUGUCUCAAUGGAGUCGGUACAGUCACAGACAACAUGAUCUGUGCUGGUGUUCUGGCAGGAGGCAAAGACUCAUGUCAGGGUGACUCAGGAGGUCCAAUAGUGAGCAAACAGGGCUCCGUGUGGGUCCAGUCUGGAAUAGUCAGUUUUGGUUUUGGCUGUGCUCGUCCCAAUCUGCCAGGAGUCUACUCCAGAGUGUCCCGCUACCAGUCCUGGAUCAACUCCUUCAUCAGCUCUGAUAAGCCAGGCUUUGUCCAGUUCAGCUCCAGUGGGCCGGACGCUGACAGCAGCUACACCUGUCCUGGUCUCCCACCUCCUCUCAUUACUAAUACUACUACUACUGCAGGACCAGCUACACCCACAGAUUCACCAUCCACUGUAUCAAUGUGUGGCAUCACUCCCAUGAACAACAGGAUAGUUGGAGGUGAAGAUGCUCCACCUGGAAGUUGGCCCUGGCAGGUCAGUCUGCAGAGGUUUGGCGGCCAUGUUUGUGGCGGUUCCCUCAUCAACAGAGAGUGGGUGGUGUCUGCUGCUCACUGCUUCUCCAGUACAAGUACGUCUGGAUGGCAGGUUUCUCUGGGCCGUCAGAACCUGCAGGGCACAAACCCAAAUGAAGUGUCCAGAACUGUUGCCAGAAUCAUUUUACACCCAAACUAUGACAGCGACAGCAGCGACAACGACAUUGCUCUGCUCAGACUCUCCUCACCAGUCAUGUUCACAGACUACAUCAGACCUGUGUGUCUGGCAGCCAGUGACAGUGUGUUCAACAACGGUACUGACAGCUGGGUCACUGGCUGGGGCGCAGUCAACGAGGGAGUGUCUUUACCGUUCCCUCAAACUCUACAAGAGGUGGAGGUGCCAGUUCUGGGAAACAGACAGUGUAACUGUCUCAAUGGAGUCGGUACAGUCACAGACAACAUGAUCUGUGCUGGUGUUCUGGCAGGAGGCAAAGACUCAUGUCAGGGUGACUCAGGAGGUCCAAUGGUGAGCAAACAGGGCUCCGUGUGGGUCCAGUCUGGAAUAGUCAGUUUUGGUUUUGGCUGUGCUCGUCCCAAUCUGCCAGGAGUCUACUCCAGAGUGUCCCGCUACCAGUCCUGGAUCAACUCCUUCAUCAGCUCUGAUAAGCCAGGCUUUGUCCAGUUCAGCUCCAGUGGGCCGGACGCUGACAGCAGCUACAACUGUCCUGAUCUCCCUCCUCCCUCAGCACCUUCACCAACAACAAGGCCAACUAUUAUCACCCAAAGUGUAGCCAGUCCUGCCAGGUCAGUGUGUGGCAAAGCUCCCAUGAACAGUCGUUCUAUUGGUGACAGUAGUGUAGUGCCUGGAGGAAUGUGGCCCUGGAUGGUGAGUCUCCACAAAAAUGGGGUCUACACUUGUGGAGGAACCCUCAUCGCUGAUAAGUUUGUCCUCACCAGUGGUCAAUGCUUCUCUACCCUCAAUCCAAAUGUCCGGGAGUGGAGCGUGUUUCUCGGCCAGAGACGCGUAAACAAUUUUGAGGAAUUUGAGAUGUCUUUGGAUGUUGUGAACAUUACAUUGAGCAAAAUGCCGGGCUCCAAUAUUGCUCUGCUUCAGCUGGAUAAACCAGUCAGCUACAGUGAUUAUAUCCAGCCUGCAUGUGUGGACAUUAGCAAUGACAGAUCCUUCCCCAUUGGUAGCCCAUGCUGGGUGGCAGGCUGGGGGAAGGGGAGUAAGAGCAGAGGUGCCGAUAAAGAUGGCUCAGGUCUUCGGGACCUUGAAACUCAAGUGGCAAGUUGUGGGAACGUUUCUGAUUCGGAGAACAUUUGCACUCAUACCAUGGACCUUCAGCAGGGGGAUACGGGCAGCCCUCUACUGUGCAAGUCGGACUCAUCUUGGUUCCAGGUGGCCGUUGUAACGAUGAGCGGAAGUAAAUCAGUCCGUGCAGACAUUCAGGUCUUUGCAAAGACUUCAAGAUUUGGGUCGUUCUUGAAGGAGACAGUUGGUGACAUGCCCUCUCCUGCAGCAGCUACAACAGGAAAUGCACCAGGUUUCACAAUUUCCUUAUUCUUCGCUUUCACUGUCCCCAUUUCUUCCAUAUUCCUGUUGUUGUGAUAGUAGGUCUGUUCAUUAUUGCACUCAAAAGUCAAGCUGACCGAUAGCUUUGACCACUCUUCCUUACGUUUAUAUUGUGUACUGUAAAUGAUACUC